AUGACUGAUCCAUAUACUACGCGCAUACAGCAAAUGCUGGACUUUGCCAAGCACGCUGAUAAGGCCGGCUUCAAAGACUACAUGUCGUCUUUCAUCCACCACAUCGACCUAGUGUCAGUCGACGCCGACUCGCCCACUCACCACGUCCGUCCCCGCGUCGUCCUCGGCUACACCGUCCGACCAGAGCACUGCAACUCCAUGGGCAACAUGCACGGCGGUGCCGUUGCCACCUUUUUCGACUUUGCAACCAGUCUCGCCCAGGCAGCUCCCAGGCCCAUCGCAAAGCUUGGAAGCGAUGAUAACGAAGAUCCCAUCGCCGCCUCGUGGCAGAAUCUCGGCGUCAGCCGCACCCUGGCCGUCACAUACGUACGCCCAACCCCCUGCGAUACCGACGUCCUCUUCGACUGCGAAGUUGUCCACACCGGCCGCACGAUGUCUAGCCUUCGCGGUGUCAUGCGCAGGCGCAGCGAUGGCGCCGUGCUCGCCACAUGUGAACACGGCAAGGUCCAGACAUACCUCCCACGCAGCAGCCUGUAA